AUGGCGGCAGCCGGUGGCGGGAGCAGCAGAAGGGCGUGGGUGGUGGAUGUGGAGAGGACGCUGGACGAGGCUGACGCGUCGGUGGAGGUGUCGCGGUGGCAGCGCCACUGCAUCUACCGCGUGCCGGCGUGCAUCAAGGACCUCAAACCCAAGGCGUACCGGCCGCAGGUGGUGUCGCUGGGCCCGUUCCACCACGGCGACCCCGAGCUGCUCCCCAUGGAGGAGCACAAGCGCCGGGCGCUGCGGCACCUGCUGCGCCGGGCCAAGAAAUCGCUGGAGGAGUUCGUGGCCGCCGCGGAGGAGGUCGCCGAUCAGAUGGAGAGCGCGUACAUGGACCUGGGCGACCGGUGGCGCGGCGAGGAGGGGAGGGAGCGGUUCCUGGAGAUGAUGAUCGUCGACGGGUGCUUCUUGCUCGAGGUGAUGAGGGCCGCCGGCCUCGACGGGAAGAACACCGGCGACUACGCGCCCAACGACCCCAUCUUCAGCCACCAUGGUGUGCUCUACAUGGUGCCCUACAUCCGCCGCGACAUGCUCAUGCUCGAGAACCAGCUGCCGUUGCUCCUGCUGCAGAAGCUCGUCGCCGUAGAGACUGCCAAGCCUCCGAACGACGACGUGAUCAACAGGAUGGUGCUGAGGUUCAUGUCCCCGAUGUCGCGGCUGCCGCCGGCUGGCAGCAAUCUUGGUCUCCACCCGCUGGACGUUCGCCGCCGGAGCAUGCUCUACGGCCCCUACCAGGACUCGCCGCGGUCGCGGGACAUCGUGCCGGAAACGGACAUCAUCCGGUCGGCGCUGGAGCUGUACGAGGCCGGGAUCCGGUUCAGGAACAGCAAGACGGACAGCCUCCACAGCAUCCGGUUCCGGCACGGCGUGCUCACCAUGCCGGCGGUGUCGGUGGACGACUCCACGGAGUACAUGUUCCUGAACAUGAUGGCGUUCGAGCGGCUGCACGUCGGCGCCGGCAAUGACGUCACGGCGUACAUCUUCUUCAUGGACAACAUCAUCGACUCGGCCAAGGACGUGGCGCUGCUGAGCACCAGCGGCAUCAUCCAGAACGCCGUCGGCAGCGACAAGGCGGUGGCGCAGCUGUUCAACAGCAUCUCCAAGGACGUCGUGCUCGAGCCGGACAGCGAGCUCGACGCCGUGCACCGGGAGGUGAACGCCUACUGCCGGAAGCCGUGGAACCUGUGGCGCGCCAACCUGAUCCACACCUACUUCCGGAGCCCAUGGGCGUUCAUGUCCCUCGCCGCCGCCGUGUUCCUCCUCGUCAUGACCGUCAUGCAGACCGUCUACACCGUGCUGCCGUACUACCAGCAGGACCAAGCCAACAGCAGCUCUCCGGUGGCACCGGCUCCGAUGUGAUCUUGCAGCGCAGCUUCUGCGUUCAGCUACAUAUGCAAGCGUGCCGGCACCAUGUACAUCGGAGACCUAUUUGGCAUUGUUUUUCAGUUUUGCUUUGGUUUUUAAGCUGCUCUGCGUUGCCAAAAAGAAUAAUGUGUUGGAUUUAUUUGUUUCUUGGGGUUUUGUUUGAAUUGGUCAACUGAAUAUUUCAAGUUUUGGAAAAUGGUGUUGGUAUUGUACAUAACUGAACUUGUUUUUGAUUCAACAAAAAUAUAUACACUGCUACA